CCAUAAAUAUUCUUUAACCCAAAUAUUACUAUUAUAAUUUCUUCAAUCAUAUAAUCUUCAUCAUCAGAACAAACAUUUUCACAGGUCAACUCUUUCACAUGAAACCCUAACAAAAAAAAACAAAAAAAAAUCAUAAAUCAUGUUACACAAUUUCAGACUAAGGGGUUUAAGGUUACAAAUUCUGUUGUCUGUUGUGUUUUUGUUUAUAUAUUUUGCAUCGUUAGUCCAAUCAAGUUGUUCUAGAGCCAGUAGUUGCUUAGCUUUAGGUUCAUAUUAUAUCGAAAAUGGAAAUAAUCUUACGUCGAUUUCGCAAUAUAUGAAUACUGAUAUAAACACUAUAAUUAGUUAUAAUCGAGGUACUAUUCCUAACCAAGAUUAUAUACCUUCAGAUGUUAGGAUUAAUGUUCCGUUUGAAUGCGAUUGUAUAAAUGGCGAUUUUUUAGGACAUAAGUUUACUUAUGGUAUUAAAUCACAAGAUACAUAUGAAGUUGUUGCGGAACAAAGGUAUGCGAAUUUGACUAAUGUGGAUUGGAUUCAGAGGUUUAAUGAUUAUAAUGCUAAUAGAAUACCGGAUACCGGGACUUUGAAUGUCACCGUGAAUUGUUCGUGUGGUGAUAAAGAUGUUUCUAAGGAUUAUGGGUUGUUUUUGACGUUUCCGCUUAGGACUGGGGAGAGUUUGAGUUCGGUUGCUUCUGCUGCGAAUCUUAGUGAGGAUUUGGUUCGGAGGUAUAACCCUAAUGCGGAUUUUGGGGCAGGGCGCGGUUUGGUGUUUAUUCCGGGAAGAGAUGAAAAUGGAAAUUAUCCACCCUUGAAAAGCAGCUCAGGAAUUUCGGGUGGAACCAUAGCUGGAAUAGUUGUGGCAGUCUUAGCCGGGGUGCUGUUACUUGCAGGAUGUCUAUAUUAUGGAAUUUACAAAAAGAAGAGGGGAGAAACAAGUUCGGCCUUGUUAAAAAAUGCUCAGGUUCAACUUAUGCAGUCUUCUCAAGGCCCCAAUGGUACAUCAGUUGGAGGUUCAGACUCCAGUGGUCUUCCUGCUGGUACCUCUCCUGGGCUUACUGGUAUAACAGUUGACAAAUCUGUGGAGUUCUCUUAUGAAGAGCUUUCAAGUGCUACAGAUGACUUCAGUCUUGCAAAUAAGAUUGGUCAAGGUGGUUUUGGUGCUGUUUACUAUGCAGAGCUCAGAGGCGAGAAAGCUGCUAUCAAGAAGAUGGAUAUGCAAGCAUCUAGAGAAUUUUUAGCGGAACUGAAGGUUUUAACACAUGUUCACCACCUAAACCUGGUGCGUUUGAUAGGAUAUUGUGUCGAGGGCUCUCUUUUCUUGGUGUACGAGUACAUUGAAAAUGGAAACUUGAGUCAACAUCUACAUGGAUCAGGACGAGACCCUCUACCAUGGUCUACCCGAGUCCAAAUUGCCCUUGAUUCAGCAAGGGGUCUUGAGUAUAUUCAUGAACAUACUGUUCCCGUCUAUAUUCAUCGUGAUAUUAAGACAGCAAAUAUACUGAUUGACAAGAAUUUUCAUGGAAAGGUUGCUGAUUUUGGUUUGACAAAGUUGACUGAAGUUGGAAGUACAUCUUUGCCCACACGUCUUGUGGGUACAUUCGGAUAUAUGCCACCAGAGUAUGCACAAUAUGGGGACGUUUCUCCAAAGAUAGAUGUAUAUGCAUUUGGUGUUGUACUUUAUGAACUUAUUUCAGCUAAGGAAGCCAUAGUCAAAGCAAAUGGCUCUGUAACUGAAUCGAAGGGUCUAGUUGCUAUGUUUGAAGAAGUUCUAAGUCAGCCAGACCCAAAAGACGACCUGGUCAAAAUGAUAGACCCUAGGCUUGGGGAUAACUACCCUCUGGAUUCUGUUCGAAAGAUGGCACAACUUGCCAAAGCUUGCACACAUGAGAAUCCUCAACUACGACCAAGCAUGAGAUCCAUCGUGGUUGCAUUGAUGACUCUUUCAUCGUCCACGGAAGACUGGGACGUUGGCUCGUUCUAUGAAAACCAGACUUUAGUUAGCCUCAUGUCAGGCAGAUAGUCUCACCAGGAGUUGCCAUCACUUCUAUCUUUUUUAAUUUUCCUAAUUUUUUUAUAUAAUUCUUUUGGAAUAUGCAAGUGUAAUGUAAAUGUAUAAAGGUUCUGUAAAAAAAGAAUCCUGUAUGUAACUGAGUAGUAGUAUUUGAUACUGCGAGUGUUGUAUUAAAGCAAGAAAACUACAGUAUGUCUUUUUCAUAAAUGAUAAUGGAAGUAUGAAAUUUUGUACUUUA